AUGAACAAUAAAAGUAAUAGCGCGAUUGAUAUGUCGAGUAAAUUCAAUACUGAAGAAUGUUCAAUAAAUAAAUUAAAAUCACAAAUAGCUCAGAUACUUUCAUUAUCAGAUAGUUCUUUUGAUGUAUAUUGUCAAGGUGUACAAUUAAUUGGUGAUGAUAAAAAUCUAAAUGAUUAUGAAAUUGACAAUGAAGAUAACUUAUUAAUUGUACCAAAAGUUAAACUGCCUACUGAGACCUUCAUGAUAAGUUCAGCUGGAUCGCCAAGUAAAAGUGAACUUCAUCAAAGUUCGAAAACAAUCGAAAAAUCAGCUACACCAAAUGAAUUUCAUCGACUCUAUUGGCUUAUGAAAACACCAGAGUUUUGGCGAAAAAUUACUCAAGUUCUACCUGAAUUAUUACUUGAUUCAAGUGCAUUAGGUCUAUGCGAAGAUUCAAUACUUUUCUGUCAAAAUUGUAAUGUUAAACGUCUUACGGAACUUGUUGAAGCUAAUCCAUUUUUAUAUAAAGCCGUUAGUCAAGUAGUUAAAGAAUGGACAUCAACCAGUAAUUUAUCAAAUCCAACGGACGUACAAUUAUCACCUGCUGCUUACUUCUUAAAUGGUAGUCCUCAUUUAAUUGAACCCGCAGCACCACGUCAACCAGCAUUUAAUGUAAUGCCUCGUCGUAUAACGAAUGAAGAUUUUUUUCGUGCACUUGAACAAACAAAUCGAUCGACUACAAGUGCAUCUCGUCCAUCGAAUAUUCCACUUCAACAAACACCAAGAGUAUCGAAUCGUCGUAAUGUCAUUAGUAUGGAUCAAUUAAGAAGUGUUCUACAAAGAACUACAACAACAUCAGAAACGAAUCCGCCAACUCCAAUAACAACAAUGGAUAGUAGUACUUCAAAUGAUCCAGCAAAUGCACAAGCACUACUAGAUCAAAUGCAAGCUAUGGGUCUGACUGAUGAAGCAGCUAAUCGGCAAGCACUCGAAGCGAGCAAUUGGGAUUUAAAAGCAGCUCUUGAUUUAUUACUCGGAUAA